AUGGCGGAAAGUGGUAAAUUGAAUUCAGUUGAAAACAGUUCCAGCGAUGCUGUUCCUGGGCGCAAAGAAGAAAUAUUAUGUCAGCCAUGUUCAAGAAAGGAUUUACAAACAACGGCUGAUGUGUUUUGUUUAGAGUGUGACGAAUUUCAGUGCAGUGAAUGUUCAAAGGCACAUAGAGUUUAUACGUUUAUGAAAAAUCACAAAUUAGUGAAUGCGACAGAAGCGAAAUUGAAACCAUCUUCUUUUGAUAUGAAAGGAAUUGACAAUUGUGAACAGCACAGUGAAUUGUUGAAAUUUUUCUGUGAAGACGAGAACCAGCUCUGCUGCAGUACAUGUGCUAUAGUGGAUCACCGGAAAUGCCAAAGCGUCGUAGAUGUACCGAAAAUUGCAGGGAAGUCGCGUUCUGCUGGUUCCCAGUUAAAGAGAAAAUUGGAAGAAGUAAAAUCAAAGGCGGGGAUGAUUGUUAAACACACUGAUUCAUCGAAAGAACAACUCAGUAAAGAUAUCAAAACAAUAUUUGUGGAAAUAAAAAGAAUGAGAGGUGACAUGAAUAAAAUGUUCGACGACUUGGAAGAGUUCGUCACCAGGGAAACUGAUGUAUUUAAGGCUGAAGUAACUAAUAAACUGGCAAAGAAGCGAUCCAGUGGUGAGAAACAUGUCGCUGAUGUUACAAAGUCACUGGAAAUUGUUGAUACAGCUUUAGAGAAUGGGACCCCAUCACAACAGUUUAUAGUAGAAGAGAAGUUAAAAAAACAGGCCAAUGAAUUUUACAGGGACGUUGAAAAUGAUUGUCAAAAUUUACAGAUUGCUACCGUUUCCUUUAAAUUUGAUAAAACAUUAAAAUUACCACCACUUCCCAUUUCUGUUUACGUUCCAGGAAAGCUAACCUUAGAAUACACCCUGCCUGAAGCAAAGAAAUCUGUCGCGCAUGUAGACCCGAUUGUUAAGUUAACGAAGAUUACUUCCAUUGAUUUGAAGCAGACUGGAGAUGAUGUCAAGGAACCGCUAUACACAGGACUGGAUUUCCUGCCAGAUGGUAGACUGGUUGCCGUGGAUAAUAAAAACAACAACUGUUUAAUUUACAAUGAGAAGCUUAAGAAAGUAGGAUCAUAUCAGUUAUCGUAUUAUCCACAGGAUGUAGUUGCUGUAUCUGAGGAUGAAGUGGCGAUAACAAGUAGCUAUGAAUACAAGAUAGACUUUCUACGUGUCAGUAAAUCUAAUGAAAUAACUUUAUAUAGGACAUGUAAAGUUAAGACAAAGUAUGCCUCUAUAUGUAUGAAAGAUGAAAGACAUUUUGUCGUUGGAACAAUCGAUGAUACAAGACCUGUUCGUAUUGUAUCUCUGUCAGGAGAAGAGAAAGAUUUCAGUAUCAAAUUUCAAAACAUGAAAUAUCCUAUAGGCGCUAGUGCAUGCAGCUAUAUAAGGAAUACUGAGAAAAUGAUACUAACCGAUAGGUACGAGCAUACUGUUUAUAUAUAUGACGUUGCGACCAACACCAGCGUUAUUGUCAAGGAUGAUCAGAUCAAGGAACCACGUGGUGUGACAGUGGGUCCAUCCGACUGUAUCAUGGUUUGCAGUGACGGCACAAAUUCUAUUGUACAGAUCUGUCAUACAGGUCGGAUCCUAUCUACGUUUAAGUUAGAUAUGGAUUAUCCAGGCAGAGUAUGUGUUCCAAAGGGUCGAUCUAUUCUUGCUGUCACAAAUAGCUGUGUGGGUGAAAGAAUGUUACAGUUGUUUAGACCUACAGGUUAA